AUGGCUAAGGGGCGCAAGCCUGGGCGUCCACCUAAGGAGAAAGGUAAGAGGAAAAAGAACACGAGGACACCGGCGGCAACGCAAGAGGAGCGGCGUAUGGUGACGCCGGAAUCUGGUAUUCCCCAAAAUCUCGAACAACUACAACUAGCGGAUUGGAUACCGGAGUCGAGUCAGGCGAGAUCUGGGAAGAUACCGACGGCGAAAAGAGGUGAGGAAAAGAUGGAAGAUAAUGAAAAGGAGAAGGUAUCGACUGGUCCUCAAGCUGUGGCUACUCGUAAACUUGAGUUCAAUACUGGGCAAACUCCGACAAUGGCGGAGAUUGUGCGAGGAAAUCGGGCGAAACAACAUGGGUUGAAACUAACUUUUUUCCCCCCAACAAUUAGGGAUGGAUUGAAAGUGGUCAAGCUCAACCAUAAGGAACUGAAGGAACAAUGUGAGAAAUGGCAGUCAACUCUAAUUGGCUAUGUGAUGGGAGGCACUCCGGCGUUUAAAGAAAUGCUUAAGUUUGUAUAUGGAGUGUGGACUGCUGUUCAAACUCCACGAGUGAUACUCCAUGAUGAUGGCUAUUUCCUGUUUCGAUUUGAAGAUGAGGCGGAUAUAGACCUCAUAAUGCAGAAUGGACCAUACACCUUCAACAGCAGACCGAUGAUAUUGAAGAACUGGACGCCAGAUUUCCAGAUGGAUGACGAACCUAUGCGAAUUGUGCCCAUUUGGGUAACUUUCCCACGACUGCCCCUGGUUUACUGGUCUGCUGAAAAUAUGGGCCGUAUAGCAAGCUAUCUGGGUAAGCCGGUAUGUACAAAUAAAUUGACAGCUUCGUGUGAAAGGGUAUCGUAUGCUAGAAUGCUGAUAGAGAUGGACAUCACCCAGGUCUUACCAGAUGUGUUGGUUAUUGAGCAACAGAAUGGGGAGCUAAGGGAGCAAGAGAUUGAAUAUGAGUGGCACCCCAAACUGUGCCACGAGUGUCAUGAAUUGGGGCAUUUAGCAGAGGAAUGCAAAGCACGAGGUGAGGCGAAUGAGAAUAUGCCUAAGGAAAAGAAGAAGGCUAAGAGGAAAAGGAAGCAGGACAGGGCUGAGUGGCAAGAAAAGGCCACUGACCUGGCUGCGAUACCUCAGCAAGGAGAUCGGGAACAAGCUGGGAAGCAAGUGACUCUAGGAUAUGGUGAGCAAGUGCAGGGGGAAGCCUCUAAAACUGUCGCAAAUACGAAAGAGGUGGCUGCGGAGAGUGGCAGCCAGGGCAUUGUAGCUCAGGUGAUACAGCUCCAUGUCGGGCAGAGUAAAACAGCAAUGAUCACUAAAGCUGGUCAGGGGCAAAGCCCCAAGGCACUCAACCCGCCAUGA